AUGGCUUUACCUCCUAAGUGGUAUCAGUUUCUGGUUUGCGUUUUCGCAUCGCUGGGAUCUGUUCUCUAUGGCUAUGAUCUUGGUGUUAUCGCUGAAGCUAUCGCCAGUCCGUCUCUCAUCAAUGCGUUCAAUGCAAAUCCGACUCAGCGCGGCGCUGUUACAUCUGUCUUUACUGGAGGCGCAUUUUUCGGGGCAUUCUUUGCCGGUGCCUUGGGUGAUUAUGUUGGGCGAAAACGAACCAUCCUUGUGGGAGCAGUGAUAUUCUUGUUGGGCGGCUGCUUACAGACUGCUGCUCAGAGCCUGUCCUAUCUUUAUGCUGGCCGAUCUAUUGCUGGCCUUGGAGUGGGAAUCCUGGUCAUGAUUGUACCUAUCUACCAAGCCGAACUGGCCCAUCCUGAUAUUCGUGGUCGAAUUACAUCUCUGCAGCAGCUAAUGUUGGGGGUUGGAGCACUUGUAGCUGCCUGGAUUUCCUGGGGAACAUUCAUUAACUUUGCUGAUGAUGAUUCUCGGCAAUGGAGAGUUUCGUUGGGAAUUCAAAUGGUUCCAGCUGUCUUUUUGGCUGCACUCAUUCUCUUCUUCCCAGAAUCUCCUCGCUGGCUCAUUGACCAUGGAAAGGUCGACGAGGGUCUUCAGACAUUGGCCCGACUUCACUCGGGUGGUGAUAUCAAUGACAGCUGGGUUCAAAUUGAGUUUGAGCAGAUCCGCUCUUCAAUCGCACACGAGCACGAAGCGGCAGCGAAAUCUUAUCUGGAGCUUUUUACCGAUCGAUCAUGCCUCCGAAGACUGUUUUUGGCAUGCUCAAUUCAAGCAGCAGCCCAGAUGACUGGAGUCAGUGCUAUCCAAUACUUUAGCACUACUAUUUUUGAGCAAAUUGGAAUUCAAGCAAACGAUACCCUUAAGUACCAGGGAAUCAAUUCAAUCAUUGCCAUCAUUGCUCAGGUGUGUUGCCUGCUGUUUAUCGACAAAACCGGUAGACGAUGGCCUCAGAUUAUCGGAAAUCUCGUCAACUGUCUCUUUUUCAUUCCCCCCGGGACCUCCAACAACCAUUCUGCUAGCUGGGCAUUUAUCGUGAUGACAUGGUGUUAUAAUUUCUCCUUCAGCUGCACAACCGGCCCUCUCACCUGGAUUAUCUGUUCCGAGAUUUUUGAUAUGAAGACACGGUCCAAAGGCGUGUCCAUAGCGACAAUGACGUCAUUCGCUUUCAACACGAUGAUAGGCCAGGUCACCGACGUGGCUAUUCAGAGGAUUGGAGGAUGGCGAUUUUAUAUUCUCUUCUGCGUUUGUAAUUUUACAAACGCGGUGUUCUUCUGGCUUGUUCUUCCAGAGACUGCUCUAAGACCACUUGAAGAGAUGAACCAUCUUUUCACUCAUGAGCCGUGGAUAGUACCCGGUACCCAGACGAAGCAGUUUCAGCAAAGAGCGACGAUAUCGGAGAAACUAGAGGUUGAUCACGUUAGUGUCGUCAAUGAGGAAUAG